UCACACACCCCUGGAAGCUGCUCAGCUCCAUACAGGGAAUUAUAAAGGGUUUGAUUGUAGUCUUGCUUUUCCAUGCUCACUUGGUGGCUGAGACUUGCAAGUUACCUAACCAGUAACACAGCAGAAGACCCUCAACAGGCUUUCUUCCCUGGUUUCCUGCACUUGUUUUUUAUGUAACUGGGCCUCCGUGGACUAAGGGCAAAGUUUCUGCAGUCACUGCAGGACAGGACCUCUCAUUCUCUCCUUUUUUCUCCAAUUCCCCCCUCUGUCUCUCCCCCUUUUUUUUUUUUUUUUUUGUUUCUUACGGCUGAAUGGACAAAGCUGGGCUUUCAGAUGUUCCGGGCCCCCUGACGGGCAGCGGACUGGCCGUGGAGGAAAUGGCGUCCAGUUCCAGACUGUUCUGUUGUGCUUGUGUACGGCGUUGGAUCCCACUGGCCUACCGAGAGGAACUCUAUCAGGUCCUGCGACUCACUGGGCCUCUGCUUGUCUCUCGUAUGCUGAACUUCCUUCUGCCGUUUGUAAAUACCAUAUUCUGUGGUCACCUGGGGAAUGCUGAGCUAGCUGGAUAUGCACUGGCCUCUGCGAUCAUCAAUGUUACCACAACAGCAACAGGAUAUGGCCUGGCUCUGGCAUGUGACACCCUCAUCUCCCAGACGUUUGGGGGUAAGAAUCUUAAGCAGGUUGGGGAUAUCCUGCAGAGGAGCAUACUCAUCCUCCUGCUCUUCUGUUUGCCAUGCUGGGCCAUACUCAUCAACACACAGUCUAUUCUGCUGCUCCUGCAACAGGAUGCGGAGGUGGCCAGGACUGCAGAGUUGUAUGUUCUUGCGUUCCUACCUGCUGUUCCUGCUAUGUUUCUGCACCAAUUGCAAGUGGCUUAUCUUCAGAAUCAGGGCAUCAUCCUUCCUCAGAUGUACACUGCAGCUGUAGCAAACAUUAUCAAUGUGGCCACCAAUUACACCCUCAUCUUCAGGAUGAAUCUGGGAGUGAAGGGCUCUGCUGCAGCUAAUGGCAUAUCACAGAUAACUCUCUGCAUCCUUUUAUUUGCGUAUAUUCGCUGGAAGAAGCUACACGCGAAAACGUGGGAAGGUUGGUCCAGUGCAGCACUACAAGAGUGGGGCUCCUUUAUGCGGUUGGCCAUCCCUAGUACACUGAUGUUGUGCUUUGAAUGGUGGAUCUAUGAGAUUGGAGGCUUCCUUGCAGGUAUGCUGGGGGAGGUGGAUCUGGGAGCACAACAUGUCCUACUGGAACUUGGGGCCAUCACUUACAUGUUUCCGAUGGGGGUGCAUGCCGCGGCUUGUGUCCGAGUGGGAAAUGCACUGGGGGCAGGGGAUACUGCCAGGGCCCUAAUCACCAGCAAAGUAACUUUGGCCAUAGUAGGUUUGAUGGCAGUGGUUCAAGGGAUUAUUCUUGCUCCCACAAAAUCUGUGGUGGCCUAUAUUUUUACAAAUGAUGUACACAUAGUGGAGAUUGUUUCUACAAGUUUGACACUCUACAUCUUCAUACAGUUCUUUGACGCUCUUGUGUGUGUGGGCUCAGGGAUUCUUCUGGGUUGUGGCAAGCAGAAGAUAGCAGCUGUAACCAACCUGAUCUGUUACUACUGCAUAGGGCUGCCAUUAGGAGGAUCACUGAUGUUUCCCGCUGGCCUGAGAAUAUUCGGUCUGUGGCUGGGCCUAUUGGUCUGUGUCACUCUCCAAGCCUGCUUCUUCAUCACCCUCAUCUUCAAACUCAAUUGGGAGAAGGUUACAGAGGAGGCCGUGCGGCGUGCAGGACGGAAUCACAAGGUCACAUUCGUGGGACAGAACGUGCCAAACAGGCAGUUGGUGAUAGAUGCUGUGGUCCCUGAGAACAUGAAUGUCUCAGAGAAUGUAUCAGACACUGGAGCCUCUGGUCAAAAAGCAAGCAAUGGCACUAAAUCUGCUGGAUACACACCGGUAUGUGCUCAAGAUGAGGGUGGAGCAGAGAGUGGCAAGGCUGGUGUGCAAGAUGAGGCUGAGGAAGGGCAGUGUAAAAGCCAGCUCUCCAUCACCCAGCUGGUUUGCAGGAGAGGACUUACCAUGGUGGCAGCAUUGCUGAUCCUGAUUGCUGGGGUCACAGUCCACUUGUUCUGCCCUCUGCCAGAUGUCUACAAGCAGCGUACUGCACUGGACAUUGGAAACUCCACUACCCCAGCAACGAUUCUUAACUCGACAUUAAGCUAACUCAUUUAUAAAACUGUGAACAUAUUUCUGUGAUCUCUUUUUCUCCCACGGGGAAACAUGUAAAUAUUUUAGAACCAAAUUAAAACCACACAAUGUGUCUGCAAGUGUAUAAAAUCCACUGUGAAAUGGACGCUGACUCAAUUAGUAUUGGCAAAGCUCUUCGCACAAUAGAUUGUUAAUUUUUUUUCUUUUUUUCAUGUGUUUUUCCUUCUUUUUUUUUUUUAAUUUGUCAUCUUCAAAGUGUAUCAAUUUAGUAAGUAUUGGUGCUUAACAUGGCUUUUGAAUGUUGCCAUUAGUAUCUGCAAGAGACUUAAUGUACUUUAGUUCUCCUGAACUUACAUUCUGUUUCCUGCAACAUUUUAUAUAUCGUCCUUCUUUUUGACCUAUCAAAUUAAAAAAAGUAAUUUCUGAUUGUGUUUUCUUAUGAUGAGUUGAAAACAUGUUAUUGGCCAGGCAUUGCUAAAAAUGUUUUUUAUACUGUUUGGCUGUUGAUUAUUACAAUGUUGUUAUUAUUCAUGUUUAUUGUGAAACAAACUCAAUCCAUCAGAAACACACUACAUGUUAAAAAAGAAAGUUGAGUAUUCAUACAAUUAUGAGAUGUGUAAUUAUUUGAAGCAAAGCAAGACAGCACUCUGUGCUGCAUGUAUACGCUUAUGCCCAGAGUGUAUCUCUUUUCAGUGAACACUUGCUGUGAUUAUUCUUGUUGGGUGUCAGCAAAUACAGCAAGAAACAGAGGGAAA